GUGCCGGCCUGCUGGUGGAGCUGUCCCGGAGGCCCCUCUCUCUGUGUGAGUGAGUGACAGUCCCAGUGCCGGCCUGCUGGUGGAGCUGUCCCCGGAGGCCCGGUCUCUGUGUGAGUGAGUGACAGUCCCAGUGCCGGCCUGCUGGUGGAGCUGUCCCCGGAGGCCCCUCUCUCUCUGUGUGAGUGAGUGACAGUCCCAGUGCCGGCCUGCUGGUGGAGCUGUCCCCGGAGGCCCCUCUCUAUCUGUGGAGGCGGGUCCUGGGGCCUGGGGACGGUACGGGUCGGGUCGGGCCGGGCCUGGAGGGGCCGAGUGUCCGGGGAGACACACGGAGAGAGGGAGCGGGAGGAUGGUGGGCUCGCUGUUCCGGUGUGUGUGUGGGCCCAGGCUCAAGAGGAUCCACCGGGGGACGGACAGCCCGGCUGGCUUUUACUACCAACCCAGGGCCCUUGAGAAACACUCAGACAGCAUCCUUGGAUGGGCCUACAUCCUGUGGAGUGUAUCCUACUACACGUCCCCAUUAUUACUGCUUUACUGCUACAAGAAAGGUUACAUUGUCAUGUCGAAGAUUCUCCCAGUGACGUCAUAUGCAAGUCUCCUCCUGCUGGUGCUGACUGGGGUGGUCUGCCUCCGAGGUGUGGGUCGCUGGACCAAUCCCGAGUAUGUGCAGUUUAUCAGUGUCUUGGAGGAAACCAAGCGAAACAACACAGCAGAGAACAAGAAGAAACUGGCACAUUACAGCUUUGACUUCAGCCAUUGGCCUGAAGACUUCCGUUGGGACGAGGUCAGCAGCCAGAAGGACCAUCGAUCAGAGAAGCAGAGAAAGGUGGGAGUUCCUCUGUUGAAGCCUGAGGUGAAAUCCGGAGGGACGACUGGGUCCAGCCUGUUCACUCAGAUCUUCAGCCUGCCCUGCCAGGUUAUCGGCUAUUUAAUGGCGCACUCCUUUGGUCGCCGUAUGUUGUACCCGGGCUCGGUCUCUCUGCUGCAGAAAGCCAUCAUGCCGAUGCUGCUACAGGGACAGGCCCGUCUGAUGGAGGAGUACCGAGGGAAACGAGCCAAGCUGAUCGCCUGUGAUGGGAACCAGAUCGAUACCGUGUUUGUGGACCGACGGGCGUCGGAGAACGACCGUGGCAAAAAGCUG